AUGUCAGGUCGUCAAGGAGGUAAACAAAAGCCAUUAAAGAAUCCAAAGAAGAAGCAACUGGACGAAGAUGAAGAAGACGUUGCUUACAAGGCGAAGCUUAAGGCUGACGCUCAAGCUAAGAAGGAUAUGGCCAACAAGGCCAAGAAAGGUGGCCCAUUAGUCGGUGGUGGUAUCAAGAAGAGUGGUAAGAAAUAA